GAAUCAAUUGUACUCACUUGCACUCAUUAGUUCAUCAUCACAAUAAUGGCAUCCCCACAACAAAUCACCAAUGCUUUCCAACAAGCUAUGAAUCUCUCAGGUUCUCCUCAUGAAGUUUCCAUGUCUCCAACUCAAUCAUACAUGAGUCAAUAUUCUUCAUUGAAACCAGCCAAGGCUCUUAAACCAUUCUCAACCGGUGAUAUCAAGAUCUUGUUGUUGGAAAAUGUCAACACCACUGCUAUAAAUAUCUUCAAGACUCAAGGUUAUCAAGUUGAAUUCUACAAAUCAUCCUUACCAGAAGAUGAAUUGAUUGAAAAAAUCAAGGAUGUUCAUGCUAUUGGUAUUAGAUCAAAGACUAAAUUAAGUGAAAAGAUCUUGAGACACGCCAAGAACUUGGUUGUCGUCGGUUGUUUCUGUAUUGGUACUAACCAAGUUGAUUUGGACUUUGCUGCCAAGUCCGGUAUCGCUGUUUUCAACUCCCCAUUCUCCAACUCUAGAUCGGUUGCUGAAUUAGUCAUCGCUGAAAUCAUCACUUUAGCUAGACAAUUGGGUGACCGUUCCAUCGAAAUGCACACUGGUACUUGGAACAAGGUCAGUAGCAAAUGUUGGGAAAUUAGAGGUAAGACCUUGGGUAUUGUGGGUUAUGGUCACAUUGGUUCCCAGUUGUCUGUUUUAGCCGAAGCCAUGGGUAUGAAUGUUAUUUACCACGAUAUUCUCCUGAUUAUGGCCUUGGGUAACUCUAAGCAAGUUACUACUUUGGACGAUUUGUUAUCCCAAGCCGAUUUUGUCAGUUUGCAUGUUCCAGCCACUUCAGAAACUAAGAAUUUGUUGAGCGCUCCACAGUUUGCUGCCAUGAAGGACGGCGCUUACGUUAUUAACGCUUCUAGAGGUACUGUUGUUGAUAUUGGUGCCUUGGUCCAAGCUAUGAAGGCUGGUAAGAUUGCUGGUGCUGCCUUGGAUGUUUAUCCAAACGAACCGGCCAAGAACGGUGAAGACUUGUUCAAUGAUUCAUUAAACUCAUGGGCUUCUGAAUUAUGUUCAUUAAGAAACGUCAUCUUAUCCCCACACAUUGGUGGUUCUACCGAAGAAGCUCAAUCUGCCAUUGGUAUUGAAGUUGCUACUGCCUUGACCAAAUACAUCAACGAAGGUAACUCUCAAGGUGCUGUUAACUUCCCAGAGGUUGCAUUGAGACCAUUAGACUUGGACCAACAAAACACUGUCAGAGUCUUAUAUGUCCAUCACAAUGUUCCAGGUGUCUUGAAAACUGUCAACAACAUUCUUUCUAACCACAACAUUGAAAAGCAAUUUACUGAUUCCCAAGGUGAUAUUGCUUACUUGAUGGCUGAUAUUGCUGAUGUUGAUCUUAGCGAUAUCAAGACUUUAUACGAACAAUUGGAACAAACUCCAUACAAGAUUGGUACUCGUUUGUUAUAUUAGAUAUGUUUACAACAUUGCUUUUUUAAUUUUAAUUCCUGCACUUUCCUUAUUUUGAAGAUAUAUAUAAAUAGUUUAAUAUAAAACCAGUAACCUUAUAG